AACAAACGACCAACCAACUUUCAUACCAUUUUUUUCAACGCGAUGUAAAAGAGCAGGCAGCAGUGAUAAACAACGAUUGACUCUAUCUAAAUGCAUUAGUUUCAUCUUAUUGCAAUCUCUGGAAGGAAUUACAAGGAUGCAGCAACUCGGGAAGGACGUAGGAUCAAGACCAAGAAGACACUGAAGGAAAGAGUUGCUAUUCCCAUCUCAUUCUUAGUGACAAUCUCCUGGAGCGAUGAAGAUGCGGUUUAUCACGAGUCUCUGGAUCUGUGGCAUCCUCAUCAUGUUACUCUGUGAGACAGAUCUUUGUCUUGAGUGUUCUGUGCAACUAGAACCACAGUUUCUGCAACCGACAGUCGCUCGUUUGGAACUUUUCCCUGGAAACAGCACACAAUUGAUAUGUGAAGUCCAACGGAAUCUUAGUUCCUGCAAUCUUGGUCCAGGGGUAGAGCCAAGGUACAGCUUGCAGAUAUGGUGGUGUAACUCAACCGACAAAAGCUGCUAUGACUCACCCCUACCAGAGCCACUACCCCCUAGUCCCCCCUUUCUAAAAAUGGACCAGAGCAAACUGAAGAACGCUUCCUCCUUGAUGUCUACCCUAAGGCUGGACAACAUGGCAGAGAGCCACUUGGGUCGGUACUACUGCGUGGCGCACAGUGAGGGUCAAUAUACGACAGCGACUCCUGGAUAUGCGGAAGUGUUCAUAGACAUUCAAGAUAAGUCGCCUGUACGCAUUACCAACUAUACCAAAACGCCGAUGGAUCUGACCAACGGUUCACCACUGGCACUCAGUUGCUCAAGUGUGGGAUACCCUACGCCGAAAGUCACAUGGGAGAAGAACAGCAAACCAAUCCCCGGCCACGAAAAUAGCACGUACUUGGUGAAGAACGUCACGUCGGAUGACGCUGGGAUCUAUGUCUGCAUCGCCCAGAAUGACUUUUAUAAAGUCAGGUCUGGAGAGAUGACGGUGAAAGUGAAAAAGAGCUACCAUGGAAAGGACAUUGCAGUGACAGUGGUCCUUAUUUGUGCAGCAGCAACUUGUGUUGUCUGUCUUCUGGUCAUCACCUGGCGAUUUAAAAAGCUGUGGCGGAAUGGUCAAUGCUGCCCAACGCAUAACAUCUCCAUAAUUGGGAAUAACAGCACUGCAAUCCAAGCGAACACUGUCAACGUGGUUCAUCAUCAAGCCCCAAGUCCACAUCGAACUUCUAUGCAUCAGGAGCGACGGUCAUUUCUACAUUUGCAUGACGUAUUCGUUCACAACCACAGCUCCGACGUCCACUUUGCUGAGCUGAUCCGCUCCAACCUACAAGAGCGAGAGAGCCAUCUAAACAUCGGGUUGUGGUCGGAGGUGGAGCGACCCGAUCGCUCGUCCAGCCGCAACAAACUCCUGCGACUUCGCCUCCUGAACUGCUCUCGUAUCGUGAUCAUCACCUCGGAGAACUACCUGAAACACACCUACCACAGCUUCACAAGCGCCAUGGCCAAGAGUCGAGUCAGCUCCGAGUCCAUCCGAAGAAAAAUGAUCAUCAUCCGAGUUCUAGAGGAGGACAAGAUACCAAGGAGUCUCUGUCAAGAUAUAUUGGCGUCUCUCGAUUAUAACGUGGAAACGGAUAGUUGCUACUUCUGGCCGAAGUUCAUGAAAGUUACCAUACCGGAACAAAGUGAAAUACUCUACUGGGCAUGAACAUCAGUUAGAGGUCGUUCGCUGCAACAGACGUUUUGGGUACAGUGCCUACCCUUCAAUCAUUGUAGUUCUGUGAAUUAGUAAAGUCAUUGAUGCUAUGAAGUUGCAUCGCCUGCUUUUUUUUUGCUGGCAGGCUUCGUGCCUAAAGCCAUACUCAGAUUCAUUUUUUUUUCCAAUGCUCUUCAUCCAGUAACAUUGUGUGGUCUUUAUUUUUUGGAGUAGGCCUACAUGUAAUUACAAAGGUAUAUCCUGACUUUCACGUUCAGCUCAAAUGGAACUGAGGUCAUACAUGUACUCAUGAGUUUGUUCGUUUGUCUUUUUUUUUUUCUUUCUAAUAUGCAUGUCAUUCGCAAUAUUUUAUAACAGUUUCAAGUCAGUACAUCAUUGAUAUAAGGAGUUAUGGCCGUUCACGUUUUCCAAUGGUUUCUAAGCUCGUUCAAAAAGAUUCUGGUGACAUAAUAAUAAGUUGAAGUCUUUUGUAUAAUAAAUGCAAUUAAAGACAAUUAUCCUCACUUUAUAUCACAACAUAUGCAUAAAAUAAACGUGUAAAUUUGGACUCAUAAAAUUGGUCAAUGAAUAGCAAGAAAAUAAUGAAAGGAAAAACACCCUUGUUGCACAUAAAAUUGUGUGCAUUUCCUCAGAUGCCUGAGCAAAGGCUUCAUGUCUGAAGCUUUUAUCAGACUUUUUAGGGAACAGGCAUGUGAGUAACUAUCCAUGAAAAAAAAGAGGAAAAGAGAAAACCGGGUAAGAAAAAAAAGAGGAAA